AUGCAUCACAACGACGACUGGAAAAUCAUCCACAAGAAAAUUGAAAAAUUUAUUUGUAAAACUUUUGUGGAGGAGCCACUUGCUCCGAAUAAUAUGACAUCACUGAUAUCAGUGGAUCAUCAUGAAUUGAGAGAGUUCAUAGGUGGAGAGUGGAUAAAGUAUUAUCGAUUAGUGUUGGAUCCGAAUGAUACUAGUAGAACUUCUGGUUUAUUGUAUUUCAACUUGUUGCAGAGAUCCAUGAUGAAUGUUGUGAAUGGAAAAAGGCAAUCGUCAUCGAAAGAGGAAUAUUUAUUAAUGCAAGAAUUUUUGAUUGAAUUUUUACAAACAUGUGUGCAGUGUGAAUUUGAGAGAAGGAUAAAAUUUCUGGAAUCUAAAUUUGAUCCAUUCAAUGACUCUGAGAAUGAACAAUUGUGUAAUAAUAAUAAUAUAGAACAAGAGAGUAUUGAGAAAAUGACGGAUUUUUGCAUUGCAACUUUGGUUCAUGAUGCAUUUCAAUUUUCAAGUUUAAAUUUCAUGUUAGAUGAUUCUACCUACCUGUUAACCAUUUUUACUCAAGUAAUUUCUUUGCUUUCUUUACAUUCAAAUGAAUUGUUGCAUCCUGUCAAUUGUCAAAAUGCUCUUCAAAUGCUCUUUCGACUGAACCAAAUGUAUGGAAAUUCAGACAUAGAGUUCUACAUCUCUAAAGCACAACAAUAUUAUGAAAAAGAAGUAUUACCAGCGGAAAAUUUACAUUAUUACAAUUUAGAGAUUGACAAGAUAAAAACUGAAUGGAAUGAAAUGUGUGACAAAAAGACGAGCCAACAACGAAAACUGAAAUAUGUCAAAGAAUUAUUAUCAGGUACGCAACGAAAUGAUGUAGUUCAUGAUGCUCGUUUUGUUAAACUCUUUUCUACAUUCUUGAAAAGGUUCAGAACCCUCAAAAAACGGCAUCAAACUCGUAACACAGCAUCCAGAGAUCACGAACACAAAUUAUUACUCUUUUCGUAUUGUCACAUGAUCUCUGGAACGAGUGUACCUUGCGAGAUAGAUCAUUCUUCUCAUCCAGUCGAUACCAUUUCUAGUUCUGUCAUGGAUGAGAGAUUUAUCUCAACUCAUUCUCAACACAUCUCGCUCACUGAAUUUCUUGCACAAAAGAGACAAAACUCUCUGAAAGAACUUUCUAAUAUUGAACAAAUGGUGAAUCAAUCGUUUUUAGAAUUCAAGCAAAUUCAUCCCCAAAAUGCCUCGUCUUUGGAGCAAACAUUCCUUUCCUAUGCUAACGAACCUCUUCGAUACGAAAAGAUGCAUGAAAUUAUCACAAAGAAGCUUUCUACACAACUCCAUGAAGAUAUUAGGAAAAUGCAAACUGUUUUUGAUGGAAAUCCAAUGCUCAAGUAUAUUUUUGGAACUCCUUCAGAACAUCCCUUUAUGAAAACAGAAAAUUCCAUGCAUUCACUCACGCUUAAAAAGGAUACAAGCGGUGACAUGUAUUUAGUACUUGAUGAUUGUCAUGACGAAGGUGAAAGGGUCAAUAGUCAAAUGUUGACCUUUUCUAAAACGAAACAAGACGAUAUUUCAUCCUAUGACAUGCUAUUAAAUUGGAGAAAUGAACUUCUCAUGUCUCCUAUUAACGAGGAGACUGUGAACAAUAAUAUAGACAGUCAUGCCAUUGAAAAAGAGAUUCUUUCUGUAGAACACAUGAGUGACAUUGCACUGUUAUGCUCAUCCCUAACGCCAGAUCUUCUUCAUUGCCCAGUAUCAAUUAGAGAACAAGAUGGUGAACAAACAAAACACACAUUUUUGGAUUACUUUCAAGCAAUAUUCAAUUUACAAGCCAAAACAUUGAUGGAACAUUUCCAAAAAUUAUAUUCAGAAUAUUCGAACGGUUAUGUGAAAGAAUUUGGAUGGCCAAAAACAAAUCAAAUUUCACCCAUUGUUGUUGUCAUUCAGCAUCAUGACCAAGUGUACAACAUGUUGAGAUUGCGCAAAGAUUGUUCAGAAAGAUUGUCUGACAUGUUUGAGGUCAUUUCUGAUCAUCUCAACUCCUCUUCUCGUUGGUUCGAUGAUUAUGUAGAAGAAUAUAAGAGUUUAUGCAAAAUUGGUGAACAUGUUCGAAAAAACCAACAAAUUGCAACCAUCUCCUACAACUCUUUCAAUGUAUUAAGAUAUUUGAAUGAGAAAUACUAUGAACACAAAUCUACAAUAGAACUGACAAAUCCUUUGGAAAUGUUGACUUAUUUUGUGAAUAACAUAUGCUCGUCAAUGGGAGAAACAGAGAAAGAUCAAGUUUUAAAAUGCAUGUCAGAUGUAUUAGUUCAUUCUUCUGGAGAUUCUUCGCCAAAUCUAGAGAGUAUUGGCCAGAAGAUUGAACAUCUUAAUGAAUUUAUAAUGCAAAGUCUUAAUGCCACUAUUUCAAUAGCAAGGAAAAACUUUGAACACUCCAUGGGACUUUUGAUUAUGCUAACGAUUCUCUCAAAGUUUGGUUCUAAAUUUUUCACGAAUUUUAGCUUGACUCGACCGAUCAUCAUGCAAAAAGCUCAAUAUUUUGUGUUGAAGUUAGUAGAGAUGAUUAUUUCAGAGAUACAUGACCGCUUUUCACACACAGAUCUAUUUGAUCUGUUGAGAAAAAUUCAAAUUCUAUCGGUCUCCCAUUCAUGCCUCUUUGAUCUCAGAAAUGCCAUAUUCAUACAAUAUUGUCAUCAAACAAGUGACUAUUUGCAAGCAAUGAAAUUUGUGACUGAUCAUUUCAAGAUUGAGCCACUUUCUGAGAUGUUGAAAAAUUAUCCACAACUCUUUACUUGUUUUCUAGAGAUUGGACAGCAUUCAAAGAUAUUGGUAGAUCGAAAACUACGCCUAUUCAUGAAUUAUUACUUUCUUUUUCCUGAAUUUAAUCGAAGCUGUGUGAAUAGGAUUUUAACCACGAGCCAUUCACCACUAGAUCCUGAGAGAGAUAUUUUCAAUUGGUUAGAAAAGAGUAUUGAACAGUCAUUCUCAUUACCAACACAAAUUAGUAGCAUUGUAUUUCCGCUUAAUGUGAAUCCGAAUGAAACACUCGCUGAACGUGCCCUCCAAGAGUAUUAUACUCAAUUUGAGAAGCAAGUGAAAGAUGUCAUUGCUGUCAAUCAUGAAAUGAUUGAAUUGGAAUUGAUGAAUAAGAACAACAACAAUAUUGAGAAUCAAGAAUCAACCAUUCCAAUGAAAGACAUACAUUCUCAACACGUUCAUUUUGAUGAUAUUUUGGAGGAUUUAUCCAAUGUGUGCGAGGUAUUUAUUGUCCCAUCUUCAGAUUCAGAGUUUUUGACCAACCAUCCAGAAAUGAUCAGAAACAUGAUGCUUGAAUCUCUUCCUAUUAUACUCUUCGAUAUUUUGCAUCCGUUUCCUGAUUCGAUCAAUCAAUGGGCUUCUUUCAUCAUUCAACAAUUACUGAGCUACCUCAGAUCACCGGAAUGUACCAUAUAUUUAUCAAGAUUUUUUACAAAUGAAAUGGACACCAAGGUGACACCUUCCAUUCUUAGAAUGAUUUCACAUGAUGAUGAUUUACCACACGAGAAGGAAAAUUCUACUCCUCUGAAAAAUAGUGAAAUUUGCAUACUUUUAGCGACCUAUUGUUGUAGAUAUCUAUUCAAAACCAUACAAGAUAAGGCAUUGAAACUUUGUGAGAGGAUUUUUGAGAUGUGUCUUGUAGUGGAAGGUUCAUUAUUUUCUCAAUACAGAUUCUUUACAAAGUUUAAUGUCAAGAGUAGCACCAUUCAAAAUACCAUUAAGAAGAAUUGUGAAAGUAUUAAGGAAUCAUUAUUAUGGAAUAACAACGAUGACGAUAGGAAUGCAGCAAUUGACAUUUUAACUCUCAUGAAGGAACAACAUUUCAAAGAAGAAAGUCAAAUGUCACAAUUAUUGAAGCUAUUCUCUAUUGCUGAUGAAAAAGAUCUCUCUCAUUUAUUGAAUCGUGCGUUCCAUCAACUGAACAUUCACAUCAUUGAGGACCGAUUAUUGAACUAUCAUUUGAAUAUGUUUUCAAUGAAUGACAAUCUUGAUUUUCUAGAAAUGGAUCAAUCCAUACCUAUUGUGAAAACUCUCGAAAUGGUUGGAUUAGAACAUUCAAAAAAGAAUUUACUCUCAGCAAUUGCUUGGAAACAAAAUUCAUUCUUUGAAUUGGAUUUUGAAGAAUACGCAGAUAUCCUCCAAGAAGUGAUCCAAGUGGCUAGAAAUGAGAGUAUGACAAUGCUUGGUCAAACUGGAACGAAAACAAUCACUGAGAAAGUGACGGACCAAGGUGACAACCAUACACUCAUUCUUCUCUAUUUACAUCAAGUCGUGCUCAUAUUAGGAAAUUAUCCUUUUCACAAAUUAUUAACGAGCAAUUUAACAGAGGACAGAGUACAACAUGAUUCUACUCACAAUAAGGUGCCUUAUCUACAUCCCAUCAUGCAUUCAUCUGUUUUGUCAUCGAUUGCUUCAAACCCAUUGGUAGAAAUGGGUGUGAAAGAAUUGCAUUCACAUCACAAAUUACGACUUGGAAAAUUAUUUGAUGAUUUGGUGAGAAAGUGCCACCUCGCACGGUUUGAGGCGCAAACUCAAUUGAGGGAACAAAUGAAGAAGGAUUUAUUUGAAUCGAGCCAUGAAAUUAUAAAUGUGAAGAAUGAAGUGGAUCAAAUGAAUCGAUCCAUGUUGGAAAAAUUGUUGGCAUGUGCGACUUCCAUGAAGAGUAAAGAAAAAGUUCUCCAAGCAGAAGAGAUGUCACAUGAAAAAGUCAACGAUGAGUAA